GUAUUAUAAGUGUGUGUGAGAAACUGUGAUUCAUUCUGCUCAUUGCCUUCAUCGUUUCAUCCUCCCUGAAUCAUUUUCUGUAAAUGAAUAAACAAUUGAUGGAUACCACGUUCAUUUCCACAUGCAUCCGCUACUCUAAUUUACCGCAAAGUUAUGUCCGACCCAAAUCCGAACGCCGCCGGCUUUCCAAAGUCUCAACCGGUGAAAAUAUUCCUGUCAUAGAACUUGGGUCUGACACCCGAGCCUGUAUUGUUCAGCAGAUCGGAGAUGCCUGCAAAAACGAUGGCUUUUUUCAGGUGAUAAAUCAUGGGGUUUCUGGGGAGGCCGUGGAGAAGAUGUUAGGUUCGGCUGGUGAGUUCUUCCGAGGACCGGUGGAGGAGAAGUUGAAGCUAUUCCGAUGAGCUGUCCAAGACAAUGAGACUUUCUACCAGCUUCAACAUUGUUGUUGUGGUGAAGCAAUUGGAGCCUAAGAAAUCACCAAGUGAAAAGAUAGGAUGGGGUAGUGAUUGAAUUUCAAUUUUCCCUUUCGAUCCAAUUGUUGGUGUUCUUGCUUACUAUUGCUUCUUAUAGGGACUUGAAGAGAAUGGUUCUGUUUUUGUUUUCAAUUUGUCGUUGGUGUGUGUGUGUGUGUGUGUGUGUGUGUGUUUUUUUUUUAAUUGUUGGUUUUGUUCAUAGUUUUAAGUGUACUUUCAACUAUAGUAGUUAUUAUUUUUUUUUUCCAAUUUUGCUUCUCUUAUGAAUUUGUAGUUGGUUUUUUUGAGGCCAACAUAAGAUUCUUUUUUUUUUUGUUCCAAAGGGUUAACAAAUGGGUAAUUUAGGU